UGGAGCAGUAAAGUAUCAUUCAGUGCUGAGUUCUCUAAGCUUCUAAGUGAUCUGUUCAUCCCGAACCUCCAAAUCUCCAAUCAUCAUGAAAUUCUUCGUCGCUAUUGCCGUCGUUGCUUUGGCCACUGGAGCCUGGGCCUUGACCAUCGAGCAGCAGAAGAAGGCCGAAGCCUAUGGAGCCGAGUGUGUCAAGUCGGUCGGAAUCGCUCCGGAAUCGGCCAUCAAGCUGAAGAAGGGAGAUUUCUCGUCCGCCGACGACAAGACCAAGUGCUUCUCCAAGUGUGUCCUGGAGAAGGCCGGAUUCAUGAACGCCCAGGGUGAAAUCCAAGAGAAGACUGUCAUCGACAAGCUGUCGAUCGAUCAUGACCGCAGCAAGGUUGAGGCCACCCUGAAGAAGUGCAGCCAGAAGGGAGUCAACCCAUGCGAUACUGCCUUCAAGGCUUACACCUGUUUCUACAACACCAAAGCCGGACUGGUCUAAGUUUCCUAGAAGAAGGUCGUAGAGAUGGGGUAAAAUAAAUCUGUGAUGAAUGAUUGGAGGAUGUAUUAGCGAGAUUCGAAAAUAUUUUUUUGUUAGAAUUGUGACUUUUUUUAUGUUGUUAUGUAUUUAUGAAAAUAGAAAUUCCAAUUUUAUUUUAA